CUCUUUUGGGCUGAGUGUCCUUUUAAAAAGGAAAUCACAAAUCAGAGAUUGGCACUCGCAGUGGACUUCAUCAAGAUGGUCAGCCGAGUUCACACUGGGAUAAGGCUACUGUUAGCCUGCUUCCUCUUUCAUUCUGUUUAUGGACAAACCUCAGGACCAUAUUUCAUGGUGACAUUUCCUGCAGUGAUAGAGUCUGGCUCUAGUGCCAACUUUUGUGUUAGUCUUCUGAAGCCUAAUGGGACUCUACAAAUGAACAUUUAUCUGGUUCACAACAACCGGAUCAGAACUCUUUUACAAGAGACAGUGGAAAAGGAGAUUCACCACUGCUCUCAUUUUGAGGCUCCACAGGUUGAGGGUCAAUCAGUGCAGGAGAUCAAAGUAGAAGUCAAAGGUGAAAGUUUUAAGAUGACAGAGAAAAGGAAAGUGAUGUUUAAAUCCUACAACACAUUGGUAUUUAUUCAGACUGAUAAACCCAUUUACAAUCCAGGCCAAACAGUGAAUUUCAGAAUUGUCACUAUGGAUUCUAAUUUUAUUCCCCUGGAACAAAGGUUUCUUAAUCGGAACUAUGCAUUAUCCUAUUCUCCUUUACAGUACACCACAGUAAUUCUUGAGGAUAAUAAUCGUAACAGGAUUGGUCAGUGGACAAAUGUGUCCUCGACAGGCCUGAUACUGCAGCUUUCUCAUGAGCUAAAUGCUGAGGCUCCACAGGGAUAUUAUUCAUUAUCUGCUAGCAUUGAAAAUAGGUUGAUCUCACACUAUUUUACGGUGCAAAAGUAUGUUUUACCCAAGUUUGAGAUUACAGUAAAAACACCAGAAGAACACAGUGUCGGUGAGGAGGAACUGAAGCUGGAGGUUUGUGGAAAGUACACGUAUGGACAGCCAGUACCUGGUGAAGCACUGGUGCAAGUGUGUCGUAAAUUUAAGCAGAAUUAUCUUCAUCGUGAGGAAGCCAAAAUGAUUGCGCCGUGCCUGGUUGAAACAGUGGAGAUGAGUCAGACUGGUUGUGCCUUCGUUAUAUUAAAUGUAUCAACUUUCAUGAAUUCCGAAUUUGAAAAUAAUUUAGAAAACCGUCUUAAUGCUACAGUUACACUAACAGAGGAGGGAACAGAAUUUUCCAUGGUAAAAUCUGUAAUCAUAACACUCACUCACCAAAUCGGUAAAGUGGAACUUGUGGAUUUACCAAAAAACUUUGAACGGGAGAAGGUUAUAGAAGGAAGAAUUAAAGUUACUACCUUCAGUGGAAGACCAAUUCCUAACAAGAAGGUGUAUCUUUCAGAAGGUGAACGGUGGUCUCAAAAGUUACUACUUAAUCUUACUACAGAUAGUAAUGGAUUAGCAAACUUCUCAAUCGCUUCACCUGAACAUCCUGCAACAGAGAUAAUAUUGCGGGGAAGUGAUUAUCCAGUGGUCAAAUACCACACAUACAACACACCAUUCUUUUCAACUGCUGAUGCACGUAUACAGCUGCUCCAACCGGCCACAGCUUACAAUCCAGUAUUCAGUGAACUGUCAAUAGAGAGCUCAGAGGAACCAUUUAAUUGUGGUGCUGAAAUUCCCAUAACCAUUAACUACUAUAUUGUUGGGGAAACUACUGAAAGUUACAGUAUUGAUCUUAUAUACAUGGUCUUAUCUAAAGGAGCCAUAGUCCAUCAUGGGCAUGGGAAAGUUGAAGUGAAAGACUCUGCAGAUGUCAGAAAAGGAAAAAUCUCAUUCAAACUAUCUGUUGUUGCUGAGCUGGCUCCUGUAGUGCAGGUCGUGGUGUACUCUGUCCUUCCCAGUGAGAACAUCAUCGCUGCUAACAAGAAUUUUGAUGUGGAAAAAUGUUUCAGAAAUAAGGUUUCGCUACAGUUCUCUCCCUCUAAGGCAGUUCCUGGGGAGAAGAACACUCUCGAGCUCACAGCUCAUCCUGGUUCACUCUGUGGCCUCAGUGUUGUAGAUCAGAGUGUCUUCAUCUUGGAGCCAGAAAAGCAUCUAAACACUAAAAAGAUAUUUGAUUUAUUGCCAGUGACAUCGGUAUUAGAGUAUCCCUAUGGGCUUGAAGAUGAUCAAGAGUGCUUGCAUGUUAGACCUCAACGGGAUGUAUUGAUUGACCAUACUUACAAAUCAUUAAAGGGAGUGGGGCUGAAGAUGGCAACAAAUUUGGCUGUUAGAGCUCCUCCUUGUUUGGUGUAUAAAGGCGUGAACUAUCAUCGCAUACAUGUGCAAUAUUUGAUAGGAGAGCGUCAUUUUGCUCAUUAUCCUGGAGGGUCGUCACCUAGAAGACACAUUGAGACAGUUCGCAAAUUCUUCCCAGAAACAUGGCUAUGGCAACUGUCUGAAGUGAGGGACACUGGAUCAGUACAGCUUCCUGUCACUGUUCCUGACACCAUCACCACUUGGGAGACAGAGGCUUUCUGUGUGUCCUCUAUUGGGCUGGGACUGGCUCCUCCUGUUCAGCUCACUGUAUUUCAGCCCUUCUUCCUGGAGCUCUCGUUGCCUUACUCCAUUAUCCGGGGAGAGGUUUUUGAGCUGAAGGCCACUGUCUUCAAUUAUCUUUCCAAAUGCAUUAUGGUUAAAGUGACUCCAGCCUCUUCCUCAGACUACACUCUGGAACCCUCUUCUGAUGGCGAGUAUUCAUCCUGCCUGUGUGCAAAUGGCAGAAAGACCUUCAAAUGGACUCUGAUUCCCACUGUGCUUGGAGUCUUGAAAGUGACAGUGAGUGCAGAGGCAGAACAAUCCCAGACUGUGUGUGAUAACGAGAUUGUGAGUGUUCCAGAAAGAGGCCGUAUUGACACAGUUACACGAAGCCUGAUUGUACAGGCUGAAGGAACUGAGAAGACAAAGAGCCAGAGCUGGUUAUUAUGUCCACAGGGCAACAGUGUCUCUGAAGAGUUGGAGCUGAUUCUUCCUGAGGAUGUAAUAGAGGGAUCAGCACGAGCUUCUGUCUCAGUACUUGGAGAUAUACUUGGCCGUGCAUUAAAAAAUCUGGAUGGGCUGCUAAAGAUGCCAUAUGGGUGUGGUGAACAAAACAUUGCUCUCCUUGCCCCCAAUAUCUACAUUCUUCAGUAUCUAGAGAGCACUGAGCAGCUCACCACAGCCAUCCGUGAGAGGGCUACUGGUUUCCUUAAGAGUGGAUACCAGAGGCAACUUAACUAUAAACAUAUAAAUGGUGCAUAUAGCACAUUUGGCAGGGGAGAGGAGAACACAUGGUUAACUGCUUUUGUCUUGAGGACGUUUGGCAAAGCACAACGUUACAUCUUUAUUGAUCCAAAAAACAUUAACAGUGCAAAGCAAUGGCUCAUAAGGAUGCAGAGAUCAGACGGCUGUUUUAUAAGAAAAGGUAGUUUGUUCAAUAACAGAAUGAAGGGUGGUGUAAAUGAUGACGUGACUAUUACUGCCUACAUCACUGCAUCGUUGCUUGAAUUGGGUAAUACAGUCCAGGAUCCUGUUGUGAAUAAAGGACUGUUGUGCCUCAAGUCUUCUGUUGGUGACCUGGCAAACACCUACACCACUGCACUGUUGGCCUACACUUUCAGUCUGGCUGGAGAGAAAGAAGUUCGGGAGCACCUACUACAAGAGUUAAAGAAUGUUGCCAUUUCAGGAGAUGGUCGGCUUCACUGGUCUCAGUCAGCAUCAGAUGACUCUGAGGCCUUGUCAGUGGAAAUCAGUUCCUACGUGCUGCUAGCUGUUCUCACUGCAGGUCAACUCUCUACUGCUGAUUUGGGAUAUGCUAAUAGGAUAGUCAGCUGGCUGGUGAAGCAGCAAAAUCCUUAUGGAGGCUUUUCAUCCACCCAGGACACAGUUGUGGCCCUCCAAGCUCUGGCUCUGUACUCCACUAAAGUGUUCAGCUCAGACGGCUCUAGCACUGUAACUGUAAAGUCAGCAGAUGGACACAGUCACAACUUUGAUGUGAACCAGAACAACAAGUUACUGUACCAAGAAAGAUCAUUGCAGGAUGUUCCUGGCAAAUACAGCAUUGAAGUGACGGGCUCCAGCUGUGUGUCAGUGCAGACAGCACUUUUCUACAAUGUCCCCACACCUACUGAAACUAGUACACUGAGCAUCACGGCUAAGACAGAGGGAAACUGCACAAAAUCAUUUGGACAAACUUUGUCUCUUAAGUUCACUGUUGGAUAUACUGGGACACUUAACAGCACUAACAUGGUCAUAGUGGACAUAAAACUCUUAUCAGGGUUCACAGCAGAUCCUGGUGAACUGAAAAAAGGCAUUUUGGUGGAACGGGUUGAUUCUAAAGAUGACCAUAUUAUCAUGUAUAUCAAAGAGCUCCCUAGGAAUAUUCCUGUCAACUAUGAGCUACACAUUAAACAGGUGCUUCCUGUCAAGAAUCUCAAGCCAGCGGUGAUCAAAGUUUAUGAUUACUACCAAACAAACAGAGAUAUCAGCGAGGAAGACGAGCCUCCCUCUCAGCACGCCAACCUCUACACUGCCUGAGUGUGUCCGCCGUGCACCCUCUGUCUCGCCAUCGCACCGCUGCAGCCAGCUCGCUGCGCUGCUCACCAGGAAAACACCUGCCACACACCACUGCACCGCCCACCCACAACUUCACUCCCAUGUUUUUAUUGCACCAUCUUUGUAAAUAUAGAGCACGUUCCUCACACGACUGCCUCUGAGUGCUUGUGUUCAGUCCUCUCUGUGGUCUCGCUUGUCACAGUGGUGGAGAAUGCGGGCAUGAACACAGCACCAAGCACCAUGGGUGCAGCAUUGCAACAACUCUUUCAAGCGAGCCUGUAGCAGCAGACAGUGAGUCAGCAGCUGGCCCGCAGCCUCCAGGUCACCACCCAGGAGCUUCUGGAGCUCAGGAAAUGCCCCAACCCCUGCCGAGAGGCCCAGCACCUCCUCACCAAGCUGACAGCCGCCGACGACAUGGAGGCCUUCCUGCACACAUUUGAGCGUAUCAUCCAGUGGGAGAGCUGGCCUAAGAAGGACUGUUCGGUUCGCCACAGCCAGCGCUUCCCGAGCCACAUGGAAGAGGAGGACGAGGACAACGCGGUUGAGGGUCCAGCCAGCAUGCCUGGCCCAGGAGGAAGGGAAUACCGGAGCGACCUCAGCAGGUGAGCCUCCCAUCCCAACUAAUUCCUGGUACGAGGGGGCCUACACUACCUUAAGACGGAGCAUCAGGGCCAACCCUGCGAGCUGCUGGUGGUUCCCCGCAGCUGUACUCAGCCCCUCAUGCACCUGGGCCACUCACACCCCAGGGGGGACAUCUGGGGGCCUGGAACACCCUCAAAAAGGACUGUUUCAUGUGGCCAGGGAUGGACGCCGAGGUUCAUUUCUUCUGCCAACAGUGCCCCCAGUGUCAGCAGAUGAUCCUGCACAAGCCUGCUCCCGUGCUGCUUAUCCCUCUCCCCAUCAUCAGCAUCCCCUUCGAGUGGAUAGGCAUGGACCUGCUGCCGUAGUCUGCCCGGGGGCAGGAGUACAUCCUGGUCAUUGUGGACUAUGCCAUCCUUUACCCCGAGGCAGUCCGACUUCAGAAGGCCACCUCCUGGAACAUCGCCCUUGAGCUCCUUCUCCUCUUCAGCCGUGUGGGAAUCGCCAAGGACGUUAUCUCCGACCAAGGUACGCCCUUUAUGUCUAAACUAAUGGCAGAUCUGUGUCGGCUGUUGCAGGUGAAACUCCUAAGGACGUCUGUCUACCACUCCUAGACCGAUGGGCUGGUGGAACGCUUUAACCAGACACUGAAGAGGAUGCUCUGAAGGGUGGUAGAUGAGGAGGGGAGGACCAGGGGCCUUCUCCUCCCCUACGUCCUCUUCGCCGUCCGAGAGACCCCUCAAGCAUCGACUGGCUUCACCCCGUUUGAGCUGCUCUUUGGACGGUGACCCCGAGGACUGCUGGACGUGAACUGAUCUGGUCCACCACGACAUCAAGGGCCCCACCGGGAGUCAUGGUCCGGCCGCAUCCCAGAGGCCCGCUGUAGGGCAAUCAAGAAAGAGGUCAGCUGGGUAUUAUAGACAUUUUGUGCCCAACUUUUCCUUGAUUGCCUCUCCCCUCUCAGACCUCACUAGUAAAGGACAACCAGACCGGGUGCAAUGGAGUCGGGAAGCUGAGCGAGCGUUCGAGGACCUGAAACAAGCACUGACUAGUUCCCCUGUUCUACGCAACCCAGACUUCAGCCUCCCCUUCAUCGUUUAGACCGAUGCAUCAGAGACAAGCCUGGGGGCUGCCCUGUCACAGGUCUUCAAUGGGGAGGAGCACCCGGUCCUCUUCGCAGAGAGGAACUACGCCGCCAUGGGGAGAGAAGGCCUGGUCAUCAAGUGGGCUGUGGAGGAGCUCAAGUACGACCUGGCCGGCUGACCCUUCACUGUGGUGACUGACCACGCUCCGCUCCAAAGGGUGGCCAAGGCGACGACUCUCCCUCCAAGACUAUCAGUUCACCAGGCAACACCAGGCGGGGGCUCAGCACAGUAAUGUGGAUGGGCUUUCCCGACACUACUCACUCUGGGCCAAUCGCAUGCCAGCAGUGGGCUCGGAGCUGAGGAGGGGUACUGUGACAGCGGGCCGGCAGCCCGUGCACGGAAAUCAUUGAUCGCUGCUCACACGACUGCCAGCGGAGUGCUGAAAGAACAGCGGCAGUUGAGCACCCCCAAUUUUUUGGACAGCCUGAGUGUGCAUGGCUGCGAGGCAGAGCGAGUUAAUGCAGUGCGUCUGGAGCUAAUGAGGACCUCGGCACGAAUCUACCCUCCUGGAAGAGACAGAGGUCUAUAAAAGGAGACAGCGGCCACUCUUCAGGAGAGGUAGGUGAGGUGUGCAACGGUACUAAUUGUUUUCUCUCUGUAUUCGCCAGACGGAGAUCUCAGCGAGGAAGACGAGCCUCCCUCUCUGUGCACCGACCUCUACACUGCCUGAGUGUGUCCGCCGUGCACCCUCCGUCACACCAUUGCGCCGCUGCUGCCUGCUCACUGCGCUGCUCACCAGGAAAACACCUGCCACACACCACUGCACUGCCCACCCACAACUUCACUCCCACAUUUUUAUUGCACCAUCUUUGUAAAUAAAGAGCAUGUUCCUCACACAACUGCCUCUGAGUGCUUGUGUUCAGCCCUCUCUGUGGUCUCACUCGUCACAUAAACAUCCUGAUUUCAACCUCUUAAAUAACCAUAAGUCAGUUUUUAUUAGCCUCAGUAUAUUUGGCUGACUGCUUGUCUUUUCAUUUCAUCAUCAGAUCACUGAUUUAGUUAAAAGUUCAACAUGUUUAUGUACUAAGCCAAAACUGUGUAAACUGUCAUGUUCGGCUAGAAUGACUAAUGUUUGUUCACUCAAGGGUCAAUAAACCAAGGUGGCUACUAAAUCAAGGAUUGGUAUAAUUCAUAUCAAAAAGAGUUGUAACACCUGCUAAAAUGUUAUCAAUAAAAAAAUUGCUUUAAUAUUUGCAGGAAUGAUUCGAAAUAGUGUUUAAGGAAAUUAUUACAUGGUAGAUUUUUUUUUUCCUGAAAUAAAUUAUGCAAUGAUCAAGGCAGUUACCUGUGUGUUGUUUGAUGUUUGUUUGAAGUGUGUACAAAAGAAAGAGGUUAGUGAUUGUAUGUUUACUGUAAACAGUGUAUGAUAGUACAAUGACUAAUGACUAAUGCCUUUCUUGGAAGAGCAAGAAAAUACCAGUUAUUAUAAUAAUAUGUUUCCUAAUGCAUAUGCUACAUAAAUAUAUUUCAUACUGCUUGUAUAGAUAGCUAUGCUUGUUUAUUUCAUGAAGAAAUAAGUCUGCUAUUGACCCAUUGCCUACUUGUAGGAUUGUAUAUAUAAAUUGUAUAUAUAAAUAUACAAUCCUUAUGUUUGUAGAUGUCACGUACUGUUCUAAAAACCAACUACAUAUCACAACAGUUUAAUUUACAGCAUUUGCAGUGCAGCUGGAAUAUGUUGCUCAAAAUGGUUAAUCAUUAGUGAGAGAUAACAGCAGAUGGACCUCUUUUGGGCUGAGUGUCCUUUUAAAAAGGAAAUCACACAUCAGAGAUUGGCAUUUGCAAUGGACUUCAUCAAGAUGGUCAGUCGGGUUCACACUGGGAUAAGGCUACUGUUAGCCUGCUUCCUCUUUCAUUCUGUUUAUGGACUAAACUCAAGGCCGUAAGGACCAUAUUUUACUCUGAACCUGUCUCUUUACUCAAUAGAUACAAGUUUAUUUGAUGUAUUUUGGCUUGUAAAAUUAAGAUCUUGUCUUUUAGGUCCUCAUUCCUUCUCAAAUAGUGUGUGUGUGUGUGUGUGAAAUGAGACUUUCAAACUGUAAGUCUUUUUUGAGUCUUUUUUGAUUUAUGUAUUGCAAAUAAAACUAAGGUCUCAAAUCUCAAUAUCUAGGUAUCUAUCUAGUAGGUGUUGGUAAAUGAACAUUAGCAAAAAUCAUUGGCUUUUAGAAAAAAAAAACAUAAUCAUGCUAUUUUCAUAGUAAAAAUAGAGGGAAUAUUGACGGAUAUUGUUAAUGUACUAAACCCUGUUAGUGAAUAUUCUUAAUAUAUUUGUAUCUACACCCACAGGCAGAAAGAAGCAACUUUAUAAUAAGUAAGCAGUAAAUGUACAUAAUGUUUGGAAGAUUUUACAGUUCCCAGGUUUUAAUGCCAUUAAAUGACAUAGCAUGGCUAAUCACGUGAUGUUUGACUUUACAGCAUUUAAUUUGACAGGGGUUUACCAAAAAUAGACAUUUUGUGGCAUAAGUGUUGUUUUUGGUUAACACAAGUCAAAAAUCCCUUUUUACCUCAGAAAGGGGUCCAGUUUUCUCAAUGCCUGAUUUUCCAGUAAAGUCUAAUAUAACAUGACAACAUAACAUGACAACAAGAGUCAGUUUGAAAAAUUUUAAAUAUAAUAAACUUAAUCUUAAUCUCCAUAUUUGGGAUUUAGCCAUUGGCAUUUAACGGGUGUCUUAGACGCAGAUUGUAUAAUAACCUGAAUCCUUAGUAAAUUGAAAUUUAAUGUAUGAUACAAUGCGAACGCAUUUGGCAGUCACAUCAUGUCACAUUUUGCCCUACACCUUCUCAUGUAUACAUAGACUUGGCUCUAUUUGAUAUUCUGGGAAGGUGUAAAUUUUGUAUAUGGUGCAAUAAUGUUAAAACAUACAUUACAGUGCAAAAGUCUUAGGCACCCUAAUUUUCUUUGAUACAGUUUUUUUCUUAGAUAUUUAUUUAUGAUUUCUGCAUUACUGAGUAAGUACAAAAAAAUUAGAUUUUCUAACAUUACUUUUUCAGCAACAACAAAAAAAUGUUACAGAAACAUAUUACAUAAUACACUACCUUUCAAAGACAAAAGAGAAGCAAGUGCAAUAGUCAAAGUCUCCAGAAGAACUGUGGCAGAUUCCCCAAAAUGAUCAGUAAAAUUUUCCAGCUAAUUUCCUUAUAAAACUGCACAAACCGUACCCAAGACUACUUAUGCAUUUUUAAAGAGCAAAGGGUUGUCACACCAAAUAUUGACUUUGUUUAGUUUACUGCUCUGUAUAGUUAAUUUUUUUUUUAAUGUAGAAUACAUUUAAAUUUAAUUAUUUUUGAAGACAUCUUUGCUUUACAGCAUUUCUUUGCAUGUGCUUAAAACUUUUGCACAGUACUGUAUAUAAAUAACUUCCACUUUAAAUCAAACUGUUGACAUUAUUCAUUUUAAUAAAGCUAGUAAAAAUGGUAUAUUAAUAUGCCCUCAAUAUAGCCUAGCCUAGCUUGGAAAUAUUUCAGAUAUUUUAUCACUGUGUAAGAGAUUUGGGCUCUGUUAAUGAAAUAUUAAGAAUAAAGGGCUCAAGACUCAAAACAGAUGGUGCAUGUUUACCUUAUGCGCCUAAUGUUGGAAUUGUAAUAAUCAUAAAAUUAUUAGAUGUGAACUAAAACAACUGGCAUGGGCUAAUGCAUGGAACAAGAAAAAAGAUUAGCCUACAACAUAGAAAGAAGGAAUGUGUCUCCAUUGCACAAUAAAUAGCAUCUUUAUUAUUCUAUUUUGUAGUGUUUUAACUUGAUAUCUUUAGCAUGCUAAACAAAAAAGGAAAUAAGAGGGGCUGAUUGGAUAUUGCAGCAGCUUGCCUAUAAAACCUCUUUAUUUUUCUUCUCAACCUUGAAGCACUGUUAAAACAAUACACUUCCUCUGUUAUUGACAACUCACACUUACAGCACAGUAGCAAAACUAGUGGUUAACCACAAGCUCAGUAGGGAGAAAACUGGUGGGGGUAAGGAAUCUCAGUUUCAUGAAAAGGGUGAGCACACAUAACACAAUAUGGACAAAUUAGUGGCACAUUCCUACACUAACAAAUAAAACUAUAUCAAACAGACCAAUCGACAUUAAAUAUUAAACAAGAAGGAUACCAUUGCUGUUGGAUAAAAUAAGGAUUGGCGCUUGCUCAUGACAGCUCAACAGCACUACAUAGCCCUUACAUGCUACUACAUGCUGGGUCAACCAUCAUGGUGACCCAACAACCCAAACUAAAACACAGUCCUCAAGACCACAGUAGGUAGUAGAAUUUUGAGCAGUAUACACGUGAUAUGAACUAUCUAUCUACAGUAUACUAUUAUUAUUAUCAUUUUUAUAAUUAUUAUUAUUAAUAAUAAUAAAUAUAUAUUCUUGUUGUUGUUGUUGUUGGUGGUGGUGGUGGUGGUGUUGUAGCAGCUUCUGUUGCAGCUGAAGGAAUCCUGAAAGUCAGCGUGCUACAGAACCUUAACACCCUCACUUCUGCGUCCUUCUGCGACUAUGCACACAGUCAUGCAUAUUGUUCUUUGCCAUCAAAGCCUAGUCUAGGGCUGUGUCAGUCACAUUUGUUGCCUUUCUUCUCUUUCCUCAGUGUCUUUGUGACAGGUUGAUUGUGCCUUACCGAAUGAUCGUUGCUCCAUGGACUAUAAGCUGCAGUAGUCAUAACUUUAAAGUUUUCAGCAAUGUCCCUCAUUGUAUUGUUAUUGAAUUCACCCCCACUGUCUUUGAGGAGGACUAUGAAUGUCCACCCAAAUUGAGAUGGGAUUUUGUAUGUUAAUUCAAAAGGACAAUGACAAACAUUUUAACAACUUUACUGACUCCAGUACACGCUUCCAUCGACCUUGACUGAAGUAAACUGUGUAUGCUCAGGAAUGAAUAUAGGACUUAACAACCCCAGUUUCCCGUCAUGGAGGAGCAGAGAGGACUUGCCUGAUUGUUGGCCACUUUUACUGCAUUAUUCUCGGGCUUCUCCUCCAUCUCCAGUUUUCUGUGAAUGAGCUGAAUCUUCACACAUGCACAAUGUACCAUCACUCAAGUCCAUUAAAGUCCCUGUCCUGUUUGAUCCCAGUUUUGUAGUCACCUGUUAAGUGUUUCCGAUUUAGAUCGUUUUCUGUUUGAUGAGAAUGGAUUAUCCUUUGUUAUCGCUGUCUCCGCCUGUACUUUGAACCUUGCUAUAGGCGCUAUGAUUUUUGCAUUCACCCAAAUAAAUCACACAUUAAGCACA